GCAUACUCACUGACUUACCUUCUACAGCCUUCUUCUAAUGUGCAUGUGUAUAGCUGUCAUUGUGUGCUUUAUUCCAUUUCUCUAGGUUAUGUCUCAGAAGAGAAUGGCUCCAAGAAAUAGCUCCUCUGUGACUGAAUUUAUCCUUGUGGGUUUUUCAGACCAACCAGCUCUCCAGCUGCCUCUCUUUUUCUUCUUCUUAGGUAUCUAUGUGCUCACUGUCAUAGGCAAUUUGGGGUUGAUCACCUUAAUUGGGUUGAACUCCAGCCUUCAUACUCCAAUGUACUUUUUCCUCUUCAACUUGUCUUUUAUAGAUUUCUGUUAUUCCUGUGUGUUCACCCCAAAAAUGUUGACUGAUUUUGUCUCAGAAAACAUUAUCUCCUACAUGGGAUGCAUGACUCAACUGUUUUUCUUCUGUUUCUUUGUCAAUUCUGAGUGCUAUGUGCUGGUGUCAAUGGCCUAUGAUCGCUAUGUGGCCAUCUGCAACCCUCUGCUGUACACAGUUACCAUGUCUCCUCAGGUCUGCACUCUGCUGAUGUUCUGUUCAUAUGUGAUAGGGUUUGCUGGAGCCAUGGCCCAUACUGGAAGCAUGCUGACACUUACUUUCUGUGAUUCCAACAUGAUCUACCAUUAUCUCUGUGAAGUUCUCCCACUCCUACAGCUCUCCUGCACCAGCACCUAUGUUAACGAGCUUGUGUUUUUUAUUGUUGUUGGAAUAGUCAUCACAGCAUCCAGUAUCAGCAUCUUUAUCUCUUAUGCAUUGAUUCUCUCCAACAUUCUUAAGAUUCCUUCUGCUGAGGGUAGAUCCAAAGCCUUUGGCACAUGUGGUUCCCAUGUGGUUGCUGUUGCUCUGUUUUUUGGGUCAGGGGCAUUCACCUAUUUAACAACCUCUUUCCCUGGUUCAAUGGAAGAUGGAAGGUUUGCUUCAGUAUUUUAUACCAAUGUGGUUCCCAUGCUUAACCCAUUGAUCUAUAGUUUGAGGAAUAAAGAUGUUAAACUUGCCCUAAAUAAAACCUUGAAGAGAGUGCUCUUCUGAUGAGUCUGGUGCUAUCAU